CCGCCAUUAGGGCUUAUACGGUUUACCAAAACCCCAAAACCCUCUUCUUUCCUUUCUCUGCCCCCAUAGCAAAAUUGCAGACCCUCGCAUUCCAUUUCCCGCCUUUUAAUUUCUCUAUCCUAGGGUUUCAACAUUUGCACCAGUCGCAGUACCAAUCUACAAUCCACAAUCCACAAUGGUGUUACCGAAGCAGCUGCUCUCUACUGUCGAAUCGGCCCUACUGGGCCCGUCGCCUCCGAGCCCGUCUCAAAGAGUGGAGCUCAUGCACGCCAUUCGCAACUCUCUCUCCUCCUUCCAGUCCCUCCUUUCCUAUCCGCCUCCGAAACCCUCAGAUCGGGCGCAAGUUCAGUCGAGAGAAGUUAGGCUUCCGGAUGGGCCGCCAAUUUCGCUUGAUGACCAGGACGUCCAGAUUGCUUUGAAGUUGAGCGACGACCUCCACCUCAAUGAGAUAGAUUGUGUCCGUUUGCUUAUCGCUGCUAAUCAAGAGUGGGGCUUAAUGGGAAGAGAGCCAGUAGAAGUUUUGCGCCUUGCAGCAGGUCUCUGGUACACAGAGAGAAGAGAUCUAUUAACAGCCCUCUAUACACUAUUAAGGGCCAUUGUGCUUGACCAGGGACUUGAAGCUGAUCUUGUGUCUGACAUUCAGAAAUCCUUGGAAAAUCUUAUCAAUAAUGGGCUAAGGCAUAGGUUAAUAUCUCUUAUAAAGGAACUCAAUCGAGAAGAACCGGCUGGCCUUGGUGGGCCUCACUCUGAGCACUAUGUUCUAGAUUCUAGAGGUGCUCUUGUGGGGCGGCGUGCUGUGGUUUCUAGGGAGAGGCUCAUACUUGGACAUUGCCUUGUCCUUUCUAUUCUGGUUGUGCGAACGUGUUCAAAGGAUGUGAAGGAUAUACUUUUCAUUUUAAAAGAUUGUGCUGCUGAACUUAGUGAGACUAACAACACCAUGAAACGUCAGAUUACAUUUAGUCUUCUUUUUUCUCUUGUGAUCGCUUUCAUAUCAGAUGCUCUGAGUGCAGUGCCAGAUAAAGCAUCUGUCCUGUCCCAUGAUGCUUCUUUUAGACAUGAAUUUCAUGAAAUUGUAAUGGCUGCUGGAAAUGAUCCAAACGUUCAGGGUUUUGUUGAUAGCACAAGGCUUGCUUGGGCUGUACACUUGAUGUUAAUACAAGAUGCUAUUACUGCAAGGGAUACUGUAUCAAGUGCUUCAUCGAGUGAUUUGGGUUACCUACAGUCAUGCUUAGAAGCCAUUUUUUCAAACAAUGUUUUCCAAUUUAUACUAGAUAAAGUUCUUCGAACUGCCGCUUAUCAGAAUGAUGAUGAGGAUAUGAUUUAUAUGUACAAUGCUUACCUUCAUAAGCUGAUCACUUGUUUCUUGUCUCACCCACUUGCCAGAGACAAGGUAAAAGAAUCGAAGGAGCGGGCUAUGAGCAUUCUUAGUCCAUACCGCAUGGGUGGAUCACAUGAUAGUAACUUAACUUCUCCACAAGUCUCUGAAACCGGCCCGUUACCAUUUGUCUCUCUCUUGGAGUUUGUGAGCGAAAUUUAUCAGAAGGAACCAGAGCUGUUGUCUGGCAAUGAUGUCUUGUGGACAUUUGUGAACUUUGCUGGAGAGGAUCAUACAAAUUUUCAGACUCUUGUGGCCUUCUUGAAUAUGCUGAGUACCUUGGCAUCUAGUGAAGAAGGUGCUUCAAAGGUUUUUGAGUUACUUCAGGGUAAAGUGUUCCGCUCUGUUGGGUGGAGCACUUUGUUUGACUGCUUAUCAAUUUAUGAUGAGAAAUUUAAACAAUCCCUUCAAACUGCGGGUGGUAUGCUACCGGAAUUCCCAGAGGGGGAUGCAAAAGCACUUGUUGCUUAUUUGAAUGUUCUUCAAAAGGUUGUGGAAAAUGGAAAUCCCCUUGAAAGAAAGAACUGGUUUUCUGAUAUUGAGCCUCUAUUCAAGCUCCUUGGUUAUGAAAAUGUGCCUCCUUAUGUGAAGGGUGCUUUGCGUAAUACAAUCAGAACUUUUUUUCAUGUCUCCCCUGUCCUAAAAGAUACAGUUUGGAGUUAUCUUGAGCAGUAUGAUCUACCUGUGGUUGUUGGAUCUCAUGCUGGGAAGAGUGCACAGCCCAUGUCAGCACAGGUAUAUGACAUGCAAUUUGAGUUGAAUGAAAUCGAAGCAAGGAGAGAACAAUAUCCUUCAACAAUAUCUUUCCUUAACCUGUUAAAUACUCUUAUUUCUGAAGAAAGAGACCUAAGCGAUAGAGGGCGUAGAUUCAUUGGCAUCUUUAGGUUCAUCUAUGAUCAUGUUUUCAGGCCGUUCCCCCAAAGAGCCUAUGCAAAUCCUUGUGAGAAAUGGCAGUUGGUUGUUGCUUGUCUUCAGCAUUUUCAUAUGAUAUUGAGUAUGUAUGACAUCAAUGAGGAGGACAUCGACGUUGUCGCUGACCGUUCUCAGCUUUCAACAGUAACACAACCAUCUCCACUCCAGAUGCAGCUACCCAUAUUAGAGUUGCUAAAAGAUUUCAUGAGUGGCAAAACUGUUUUCCGGAACAUUAUGGGUAUUCUUUUGCCUGGAGUCAAUACCAUCAUAACUGAACGGACAAAUGAAGUGUAUGGGCCACUUUUAGAAAAGGCUGUGCAACUCUCUUUGGAAAUUGUAAUCCUUGUCUUGGAGAAGGAUUUGCUUCUUUCUGAUUUCUGGCGUCCUCUUUACCAGCCACUGGAUGUUAUACUCUCUCAAGAUCAUAAUCAAAUUGUAGCCUUACUGGAAUAUGUCAGAUAUGAUUUUCGACCUCAAAUUCAGCAGUGCUCUAUCAAAAUCAUGAGUAUAUUAAGUUCUCGCAUGGUUGGGCUUGUACAGUUACUGCUAAAAUCCAAUGCUGGAAGCUGUUUGAUUGAGGAUUAUGCAGCCUGCCUAGAAUUACGAUCAGAAGCGUGCCAGAUCAUAGAGAACACAAGUGAGGAUCCAGGUGUACUGAUAUUGCAGCUUCUAGUAGACAAUAUCAGUCGGCCAGCUCCCAAUAUCACCCAUUUACUACUCAAGUUUGAUCUUGACAGCCCCAUUGAACGGACUGUAUUACAGCCAAAGUUUCAUUACAGUUGCUUGAAGGUUAUUCUUGAAAUCUUGGAGAAGCUUUCAAAGCCUGAUGUCAAUGUGUUACUUCAUGAAUUCGGUUUUAAGCUCCUUUAUGAGUUGUGCCUAGAUCCACUGACAGGUGGUCCUACUAUGGAUCUGUUGAGUAGUAAAAAGUAUCAGUUUUUUGUAAAGCACCUAGAUACAAUUGGGGUUGCCCCACUUCCUAAACGGAAUAACAACCAGGCGCUUCGCAUCAGUUCCCUUCAUCAGAGAGCUUGGCUUCUGAGACUGUUAGCCAUUGAACUGCAUGUUGGUGAUGUCAAUAGCUCUACUCACCGAGAGGCAUGCCUUAGCAUCCUUGCGCACCUUUUUGGGCAGGAAAAUGUUGAAACUGGAAUUGAUUACCUCGCAUCUCAUUCCUUUUCUCUUCAAGAUGGCGUGGAACAUGCUGGAACCCGCACUGUUAGUAAGAGUAAGGUGUUGGAGUUGCUUGAAGUAGUGCAAUUUAAAUCCCCAGAUACCACAAUGAAUCUGUCUCCGGUUGUUUCUAAUACAAAAUAUGAAUUGUUGGCAGAUGACAUACUUACUUAUCCUACAACUUCUGGAAAGGGUGGUGUUUAUUAUUACUCAGAGCGGGGUGAUCGAUUAAUAGACCUUGCUUCAUUCCGCGACAAACUUUGGCAGAAAUUCAAAUCUGUUUAUCCCCAGUUGAGUAACAUUGGAAGUGACGUAGAGCUGAAUGAUGUAAAAGAAACAAUUCAACAGUUGUUGAGAUGGGGAUGGAAGCACAAUAAGAACCUUGAGGAGCAAGCUGCCCAACUACAUAUGUUAACUGGCUGGUCACAUAUUGUUGAGAUAUCUGCAUCCAGAAGGAUAUCAUCACUUGGAAAUCGAUCUGAAGUUCUAUAUCAGGUUCUUGAUGCUGCUCUUACUGCUUCUGCUUCUCCAGACUGUUCAUUGAAGAUGGCAAUUAUGUUGUGCCAGGUUGCCCUGACAUGCAUGGCAAAGUUAAGAGAUGAAAGGUUUUUAUUCCCUGGUGGUUUUAAUUCUGAUAGUUUGGCAUGUCUUGAUAUUAUCAUGGCAAAACAAUUACCCAAUGGAGCUUGUCACGCAAUCCUGUUUAAGCUUACGUUGGCUAUCCUUAGACAUGAAUCAUCAGAAGCCUUAAGGAGACGGCUAUAUACUUUGCUUCUUAGCUAUUUUCAGUACUGUCAACAUAUGCUUGAUCCAGAUGUCCCGUCAACCGUUCUGCAGUUCUUGCUGCUUGAUGAACAAGAUGGUGAUGAUAUGGAACUCCAGAAGAUCAAUCGAGAGCAGGCUGAACUUGCUCGUGCCAAUUUCUCUAUAUUAAGGAAAGUAGCUCAGCCUAUUUUGGAUUUGGUAAUAAGGGAUGCUACUCAAGGCAGUGAACUUGGGAAGCAAAUGGCACUCUAUGUUUUGGAUGCAUUGAUUUGUGUAGAUCAUGAAAGAUAUUUCUUAAGCCAACUUCAAAGCAGGGGUUUCUUAAGAUCUUGCUUAAUGAGCAUCAGCAAUUUCUCUCAUCAGGAUGGUGGACAGCGAGCAUACACUCUCGAGGCUGAACUUGCUUUACUACUAAGAAUAAGUCACAAAUAUGGGAAAUCUGGAGCUCAGGUUAUCUUUUCGAUGGGUGCUUUGGAGCAUAUCGCUUCAUGCAGGGCAGUAAACUUUCUCGGAAGCUUGAGAUGGGUUGGCACUAAGCAUCAAAGAGAUGUUCCAGUGGAUAUCAAGAAGCAAAGGAUGGUUAUAACUCCUAUUCUUAGAUUAGUGUUUUCUCUGUUGUCGUUGGUCGAUACUUCUGAAUUUUUUGAGGUGAAGAAUAAAAUUGUUCGAGAAGUCAUAGAUUUUGUCAAAGGGCAUAGAUCACUUUUUGAUCAUGUUCUUCGGGAAGACAUUUCCGAAGCUGAUGAAUUGGUGAUGGAGCAGAUAAAUCUGGUUGUUGGUAUACUUAGCAAGGUUUGGCCUUAUGAAGAGAGUGAUGAAUGUGGCUUUGUUCAAGGGCUUUUUGGUUUGAUGCAUGCUCUUUUCUCUCGUGACUGGGAGUCUGUCAGUUCUGCUCGAUCAGUUCAAUCCGUUGAGAAUAAGAGGAAGUCAGAGCUUAAUUCGUUUCGAUUAUGCUUCAGCCUGAGCUUUUAUCUAUAUUUUCUGGUCACAAAGAAAUCACUUAGACUGCAGAUCUCAGACGUUCCCCCUGAUUACAAUGCUGCUGUUCGUCUUCAACAUCCCACAUUGAGUUUGCUUGGUUCUUUUCUCACUUCUGCCACAACUGCUCUUGAAAGAGCCACCGAGGAAAAAUCCUUACUACUAAAUAAGAUUCGAGACAUAAAUGAAGUAUCAAGACAGGAGGUGGAUGAAAUUAUCAAUAUGUUUGCUCAGCAAGUUUGUAUGUCAUCAUCUGACAAUAUUCAGAAAAGGAGAUACAUUGCAAUGGUCGAAAUGUGCCAGGUUGUUGGUAUCCGAGAUCAGUUAGUAACUUUGUUACUUCCACUCGUGGAACAUGUGCUGAAUGUUUUCCUAAUCCAUUUUCAGGACAGAUCUUUGGUAUCCGAUGCCAAUGGAUCUUUGAAGGCAAUUGCUUAUGGUGCCAAAUCUGACCCGGGUCAGGACAUAUCUUCGUUGUGUGGAAAUCUGAUUCCAACUUUAGAACGACUCGAGUUACUAAGCAAGGAUAAAGUAGGCCACAAUCUUAAGGUGUUUCGCAGAUUAGUGACUUCACUCAAGGAAAUGACGAUCCAAAGGUUGGGUUCGUGAGGAUGCCCUAAUUGGCUAUAAUAGUUUGACUCGAUAAAUUUCACAUAAUGUAUUGAGUUAUGCGUUCUGAUGUUCUAGUGUUGUAUUAUAUUAGGAUUGAUUGUCAUUAAGGGUAUGCCAUCAUGAUGCAAUCUGUAAAAUGACGACUUUGUUACAAGUGUGCAAAGUAAUACAACUUUUUUUUGUCAGUCAAACACA